UAACCUAUAAAAUAUCAUUUCUGAACAGCUGGCAACAUUGACAAUAUUCCAAACUGUCAAUUUUGAGAUUUGGUUUGUCAACAACAACAAACAUUUUUAUCAAUUUACAAUAAAUUAAUACAUUUCAAAUAACAUAAAUUGCUUAAACAGGAAUGGCGAACCCAUUUGACGAAUUAAAUGCCGCAAUUAAUUCAAAAAAUGAAUUGGAGAUCAUUAAGAGUUCGAAAAACGUUACAGAGAAGUCGGACAGUUUGAAAAUCAAUGAUAUAAAACUAUUUAAGAAACUUUUUGAGUUGGGUUUAUUAAAAGCGAACAUUAUUGGGGCCGAAACUAUUGCAGAACUGUGCCGGAACGAUGAAAAUAGAAAACAGUUUACUGAUGAGAAUAUUAUUAAUGUUCUUAUGCAAUUUUUAGAGUCAGACUCUCCUGAGCUACUGUUUACCACAAUAAGAGCCCUGGGUAACAUUUGCUAUGAAAAUGAAGAGGCAAGUAAUCUUAUUGACAAAGUUGGUAUUGAAAGCAUUUUAAGGUUAUUAAGAGAUGAUGCAAAAAGGAGCAACGAUGCCCUUACCAUCAAAGUGUCAGGGCUUUUAAUGAAUUUGCUGAGCACACAUGAUAACUUACCAAAAACUGCAUUGAAAGGGGGUAUCUUACCAGUAUUAGAACGGCUUUUGAUUAAGUAUAAGGAACCGUUAGAAGGAAACAGUGUCUUAUUAACAUUCCUUCUAAGCAUUUUAAAUCAAUUGGCAGACUACCUGGAUGACAAGGAAUAUGUUUUUUCAGAAAGUCUUGCCAAAAUAGUUUCAGAAAUAUUUAAAAAGUCUGAUGUUCCCGAAAUAUGUGUUCUGUGUCUUGAAAUAUUUCAUCCUUUAUCAGAAAAAGAUGAAAUUAAGAAUAUUCUAGCCAAGGAAGGAGUCUGUGAGUUGUUGUAUGAUCUCAUUGAGAAGUACAGGGACAAAGUAAAUGAUGAAGAAAGUCGUGCCAUAAUGAAAAUGGCUUGUGAUCUCAUAGUGCUGGUUUUAACUGGGGACUCUUGCAUGGACAUUUUGUAUAAUGAUGGAAAAGGACAGACUUACCUAAACAUGCUUACCUGGCUCGAUUCUACUGAUUCUGACUUGCUUAGUACUGGUAUAUUAGCAGUAGGAAAUUUUGCAAGAAAAGACACCAACUGCAUACAAAUGGUUAAAAACGGUUUGGCAAAAAAACUCAUAGACAUUUUAAGGAAUUUCAAUAACUCAGUAGAUAUUAAUGAUUGCAAGGUCCAACAUGCUUUAUUAAGCACUUUAAAGAACUUGGCCAUACCAAAAGAAAAUAAACAACAGGCCUUAAAAGACGACAUUAUCGAAGUCAUGUAUCCCAUGCUGAAGCAAGAUAGAUUUUUGGUGAUUUUUAAAUUGUUGGGUACAUUUAGGAUGGUCAUCGAUGGACAACCCGACGCCGCCAAAGAUUUGUUGUCCAGAAGAGAUUUUAUCGAACGAUUGGUGUAUUGGUGUUACAAUUCAGACCAUCUAGGGGUCAGGGGUGAAGUUCCAAGGAUCUUUAGCUGGUUAAUAAAAAACUGUCAAAGUUCGGAGCCAUUUUGCAACUUUAUCGCAGUUAAAGACAGCACUAAGUGUAUAGUGGAAAUGAUCUCGUCCAACCAUGGCGUCAUGCAAAACGAAUCGUUUUUCGCUUUGAAUAUUUUAGCUGUGGGUUUGAAAAACGAACAGGCUUCCUUGGAUGCAUUUUAUCAAUCACUCUGCGAUUCAGAGCUAGGAAAAAACCUAAACUUUGUAUUAAAUAAGUACGCGGAAAAAUGGGACCAGCACACCAUUGAAAACUGUUUAACUUUGCUAGAGCACUUGACCCACUCGGAAAAGGUCGUAACUGAACUAAAAAAUAACGACAUUGUUCCAUUAAUGGAGAAAUUAACUGCGAACCCAAAUAGUUCUUCCUCUCAGGAACGUAUAGAGAAGCUAUUGCAGCUCUUAAAACAGUAAAAUUUUCUGGUUGAACGCUUGAAAGCCAAUAUUUUUUUUUUACCAAAAAUAUGUUCAUUAUUCACGGAUUUUAAAUUCAUACGCUUAAGUCACCCAAGGCAAUAAUACCAACUUAGAUAUGUUUGAUUGUAGCAUAAACGUAGUCUUGAAUCGUUGCUUGCUACGAAUUUAAGUCAAUUUUUUCACAAAUUUUCGUAGUUUUUAGUACUUUUUCAACACUUUUGAUCACGAGAUUUACCACCGUUUUAUGCACCGUACUCGCCGAAAUACUUAAAUGCAUUUUUCUAUUAAAAAAAUUGUUGAUUAUUCUUAGUGUUAGUAAAAAAAGACCAAAAUACCGUUUUGACUUGUAGUAUAUCGUUAUAUGAGCUUUUGCAAUUUAUAAUAAACUUUUGACAUUUUUAGACUAUUGUAGUUCUAUUUAUUGAAAAAUAAAAGUAUUUUAGUAACAAUUAA